AUGACUUUGGAUGAACUGGUAGGAAACUUAAGAACCUAUGAAAUAGAAAUUGAUGGAACCAAAGAACAAAGAGCUUCUGAGAAAAUCUUUGCUUUGAAGGCUUCAGCUAGUGAUGAAGAGAUUGAAAUGGACAAACUUGAAUCUAUAAGAUUACUUGUUGCUUUUGCUGCUUAUGUAAAGUUUAUUCUCUAUCAGAUGAAUGUGAAGAGUGCAUUCUUGAAUGAGAUUCUCAAAGAGGAGGUUUAUGUUAAUCAACCUCCAGGAUUUGAAAGCAAGAAGUUUCCUGAUCAUGUGUAUAAACUGGAUAAGGCCUUAUAUGGGCUGAAGCAAGCUCCAAGGACUUGGUAUGAUGGAUUGUCAAAGUUUCUAUUGGAGCAUGGUCAUACCACAGGGCUAUGUGAUAGUUUUCAAGCAAAGUCCAAAGAAUCACAUCUAAAAUCAGUGAAAAGAAUAUUUAGAUACUUAAAGAGAACUAGUGAUCUUGGCUUAUGGUAUCUCAAAGGUAGUAACUUUGAUUUGGUAGGAUACUCUGAUGCUGAUUAUGCAGGAUAUUUGGUUGACAGGAAGAGCACUACAGGGGUAAUCAAAGAAUCACUUCGUUUACAUCCUCCUGCCCCUUUCUUAAUCCCAAGGGAGACAAUUCUUGACACCAAGUUCAUGGGGUACGACGUACCAAAAGGCACUCAAGUCCUAGUAAAUGUCUGGGUGAUUGGAAGAGAUCCUGAAUGUUGGGACGAACCUACGAGUUUCAAGCCGGAAAGUUUUCUUGGCUCAAAAGUGGAUGUGAAGGGACAACAUUAUGAGCUAAUUCCAUUUGGUGGUGGAAGGAGGAUGUGCGUUGGCUUCCCUUUAGGCCGUCGAAUGAUGCAUUUCGCUCUGAGAUCGUUGCUUCAUGAAUUCGAAUGGGACCUCCCUAAUGGUGUCUUCCCUAAAUCUAUUAAUAUGGAUGAAAGCAUGGGAGUAACAGCCAGAAAACGACUAUUUGAAAGUGAUGCCAAAAAAGGCUUGAUUAGUUAUUGUAGUUAUUAA